AUGAUUAGCGAACGGGGAAAAGCGCUGACAAUCUGGAUCAUCGUCUUCACUGUCCUCACUUUCACCACCCUCCUUCUACGACUUUGGGCUGUGCGCAUACAGAAGAGAGAUGUGCGCUUGGAUGACUUCUUCGUUAUCGGCGCAUUCAUCUCCCUUCUCGCCUUGCUAGGCACGACCUUUUGGGCCAUCGCCAAUGGCCUAGGCGCACACACGGACACAGUGAGCGUUGCUCAACAGACGGUGCAGAAAAAGCUCCUUCUGUCAUCGGGUAUUACCUGGACAUUGGCCACCAUUCUGUGCAAGCUAGCAAUCCUAUGGCUCUACACGCAGAUCUUCACGACCAGAAAAUUCAAGCUCGCGGCUUACAUCCUAAUGGGUGUGACCGUGUCAUACGCCUUCAUCUUCAUACCAAUUUUCUUUACGCAAUGCAAACCCGUACAUGCCGCAUGGGAUCCAGUGCUUUCGUUGACAAGCUGCCGACCCAUCACGCGGCAGGAGUUUGCAUCUGUGGCUAUCAAUAUGGCUUUGGACUUGGCCGUGGUGAUCCUGCCACUCCCCGUUGUGUGGAGCCUGCGCAUGCCAACGAGAAAGAAGAUUGCUGUGAGCCUGAUGUUUAGUCUUGGUCUGGUCAUUGUGGCCAUCAUGACCUGGCGCAUUCACUCCACGGUGCGCGCGACCAAAGAAAAGGACUGGAACUAUGGACUGUAUAUUACUGCGCUCCAAAGUCUUUUAGAGCUGUGGCUCGGCAUUAUCGCCGCUAAUCUUCCAACCCUCGCGCCGUUGACCUCCCAGCUCAUUAUGCCCAAGAUCAUGAGCUACUUCCGUUCAGGCAAUUCCAAGGAGCCUUCGUCGGGUCGUCGGCUUGUGUACGGCAUGCGGGGUGGGGAAGACUCAGCCCUGAAACGAGAAAAAUUCCAAAUGCUCGUCAAUGAAGAUGCUCGUGUGGAGGUAAACGAGACUCGACACUUGAACAAAAUCGAAGCUGGCGCGUCGAGCCGGUCUAUCAGCAUGGAUGACCAUUCCUGGGUUGAUGUCGAAGCCAAUGGCAUAGGGAUGCGACGCGAUGUGGAUGUCUCUUUUGAGACGUUCCAUGAACCACCAAAGAAGGCACAUAUAUUUGGUCGGUGA